AAUUGGACAUGGAAACAGUGGAGUAGUAUGUUAUCAGACACGUUUCAAGUUAAACGAAAUACUUAUGUGCUUCUCAAGGAAUUGAUAGAAUCAAAACCGGUGCCUAAGCAGUCGUUAUAUGAAUUUUACUUUCAACAAAAAGCCAAAAUUGACAGGUUACAUUUAGGUUUCCGAGAACGCGACGUGAUAUCAAUUAUCGUUGGUUCGAAAGGCGAUGUAAACAUUAUAAGCGCUGCGGAAGCGGGUAGUUUUAAAUACUGUGACGAGCUCGCUUCAUUCCUGCACGGGAAAACCUACACAGAACUCGAGAAAUCCGUACCUAGCAAAAAUAGUACGACUACCAAACAUCCUUUUCGAUCGAAUAACACGAUUUCAAGUCAAACAGUCACAGAAAACAAAGUAUCCAGUAGUGCAACUGAAAUUUCUACGCCAAGUAGUAACAGGAAUGCAACCAACGGUGUUACUUGUUAUCGUUGCGGUGAACCGGGGCAUAGGAGAAUCAAUUGCACUAUUAAAGAUAAUGUCAAAUGUGGCUCGUGUAAUAAAUUGGGGCAUUUAGAAAAAGCUUGCAAAUCCAAAACAAGUAUGAAAGUCGAAAAGGAUGCGGAAGUCAAAAUGAUUAAUGAUUCUAAGGAAAAAAAAUUCAAAAAAAAUUCUUUGGACGAACUCAAAUGUGAAGGUUUCUUUGAUAUGGGGGCCGCUUGUUCUCUGAUAACGGAAGAUUUCGUCAGACGGAAUAACUUGCAUACAUUUCUGUUAAACGCUCCUGUCAAUCUUUUCGGAUUUAGGAAUGAUUUAUCGGCUCAGGUGACUCGCGCGGUGGCGGUUAAUUUAAAAGUCGAUUCAGUUGCGAUGAUUACGACGUUUUAUGUAAUUGACGAGUUGUCGGGUGGCGAUAUUCUAAUAGGUCGCAAUUUUACAGAAGAUAUAAUUUUUCAAAAUACCCUAAAUGUAUAUCCAAUGACUUGACAGAUUUGGGUAAAACAGGCUGUGUUGAACUUGAUGUUGAGUUGACAACUGAUAAACCAGUAUGUCAACGACCGUAUAGAAUGUCUGAAUCUAAAAGAGCUACCACUCGCGAGAUAUGUAAUGAUUUAUUAAAAAGUGGUAUUAUUCGUAACAGUAAUUCACCUUACGCAAGUCCCGCACUGCUUGUUAAUAAAUCGUCAGGAGCCAAACGUUUAUGUGUAGAUUACCGACAACUUAACAAGAUCACGGUCAAGGAAAAAUACCCAAUGCCGUUAAUCGAAGAUCUCAUUGAUAGGCUUAGGGGUUGCAAAUAUUAUACCUCGCUAGAUUUGAAAAGUGGGUAUCAUCAAAUCACAGUCAAACCCGAAUCGGUCCAUAAACUAGCCUUCGUCACGAGUGAUGGGCACUUCGAGUAUGUUCGCAUGCCAUUUGGGGUCUGCAAUGGCCCUGCGGUCUUCCAACGACUGAUGGACACAAUCUUAGGUAAUUUGCGUUUUGGGCGUGUCAUUUGCUAUAUGGACGAUUUGCUCAUUGCCACAGAGACUAAAGCAAUAAAUGACUUUCCCACCCCAAAAACUGUUCACCAGCUAAGACAAUUUCUGGGACUUGUAAACUAUUUUCGAAAGUUUAUUAAAGAUUGCGCUUUACUUUGUAAGCCUUUAAGCAAUUUACUAAAGAAAGACUCUGUGUGGCAAUGGAGCGACGAGCAAGACACGGCGGUAGCAAAAUUAAAGGGUGCUUUAGUAAAUAACGUCACAUUAAGCAUUUUUGAUCCCAAGUUGCAGAUCAAUCUAUACUCUAUUCUAAAG